AUGUGUAAAAUAAGUCGCAAUCUCCAGGGACGUGUAAGGAGAACGAAAGAAAGGCAUCACAAAAAACUACAACAUCUCGCUCUGACGCAGGCGCCACAGAAGGUAAUACGAUCUCCACAAAACAUCGACAAUUUUGUUAUCAACCUUUCGUCCGCACAGUUCGCUAGAACUGAGCUGGAUCUAUUGAACAAGGGAUUGAAUUUUGCCAUCUCCCCCUCGCGCCCCCACCCCAUCACCGACACAGUAAACAAUAUUGAAAGCGCAAUACAGUACAACACUUUUACGUCGAAAUCAGCUAUACGGUACGACGUUGAGCAAUAUUUAUUAAAAACAGUACCCAAGACGGAAAGUGGGAAACAGACGAGCUUUGAUACCUGGUGUGCAAUGCGACAGCUAAAAGCUCGCGAUGUAGUUCAUUCACGGGCAGAUAAAGGGAAUGCAGUUGUGAUCAUGGAUAAACAUGAUUAUGACUUACGGGUUCUUGACAUGAUUCGCUCCGGUCCGUAUGAAGAGCAUUGCUUCAAAAAUGGGAAACCUAAAGAUCCGCUUAAUGCAAUGACUGAAGCAGCUAAUUCUGUUCGCCAAAAAGUCACACACUUGAUGGGUGGGGAUAAACUUGAACGAAAAUUGAAUGUACCCAAUCCAAAAGUGGCAUCGUUGUACUGCCUCCCAAAAAUACAUAAAAAUCCAGUGGCGAUGCGGCCGAUUUCGUCUAACAUCUGCACUCCAACUGAAAAAAUGGCUGCUUGGUUGGUUGAAGAAUUGAAAAAAUAUCCCAUAACUCACGGUAAAAAUGUCAACAAUUCGUUUGAGUUGGUAGACCAUUUGAAAGGCUUCGAGGUUAGGCGAGGGGAAAUUCUGGUGUCGUUCGAUGUUACAGCUCUUUUUCCGAACGUGCCAGUAACAGAGGCGGUAAAUAGUUUGCGCAGACAUCUGGAACGGAAACGCGUACCACCCAAUCAGAUCGACGCAUAUCUUUUGGUAACGAAAACCUGUAUGAAUCAGAACUUCUUUUCGUUCAGGGGAAAGUUCUACAAGCAAACGUUCGGUCUCAGUAUGGGUAGCAAGCUAUCGCCACUCUUAGCGGAGGUUUUCAUGAAAGAUUUUGAAACAGAGUUGGCGAAAGAAAAAUUCUUCCCUCGAAUGUGGAGACGCUAUGUAGAUGACAUCUUCGCAGUUGUGAAAGAACGUUACUUGAAGCAGACGUUGGAGUUGUUGAAUUCCCGACAUAGGACGAUUAAGUUUACCGUCGAAAAAGAAAAAGACGGUACACUUCCUUUUCUGGACCUGUACAUUACCCGGAAGGAAGAUAAUCGGCUAAAGUUUGGGAUAUACCGUAAACCAACGUCUACGAAUAGAUAUAUAACUUCCGACUCUAAUCACUUCGGCGCACAAAAACAAGCAGCCUUCCACUCCAUGGUGUAUCGUCUCCUCAACAUACCAAUGGAGAGAGAUGAUUACAUAGCGGAAAAAAAUAGAAUCUACCAUGCUGCAGAGCUGAAUGGGUACAAGAGAUGUUUUGUGGAGAAAAUCCUUCGGAAACACGAGAAGAAGAAAUGGAGAAAAAACAACACCACAUUAGAGCCUGAGAAGGAACAACACAAAAGGAUCAGCCUACCGUACUAUCCCAAAAUAACCAACACAGUCCAGUCUACACUCCGGAAACACGGAUUUCAUGUGGUGUACAAAAGUGAGAGCACCCUGAAAGACCUUUUGUGCAACCUGAAAGAUAGAAUUCCACCGGAUGAAAAAUCAGGGAUCUAUCAGAUUCCCUGCAAAGACUGUACUAGUGUAUACAUCGGUCAAACUCGUCGGAAAUUCAAAAUGCCUACGUGA